GCCCUCGUGCUGUAUGACUAUCUCUUGACUAUCGGCGACGAGUACCAUUAUAUAUGGAAAGCCAGGCUUUCUUUCUCGUGUAUACUGUUCUAUGCCUGCAGGUAUAGUGCAGCCCUUGACUGCAUCGUCACGGUCUGGUCGAUGGCGUCCUUCGCAACCUGGUCUACACCAACGGUGACGUUUGCAGCUCUUCGCGUAUAUGAAAUCUACAAUGGUUCUAAAUCUGUCUUUGCGCUGGUGUUACUUAUGAGCCUCGUUAACCCUAUCCUAACAUUAGUAAGUAGACUUAAUGUAACACGUAGAUACUUCCUCUGA